AUGACUUGCGCUGAAGCGCCAACUCCUGGUUCUUGCAUCGCUGUGGUAGGUGGUCGGCGGUUGUCUCUCAGCUCCAGGCGAGCCUCUUUCCUGUCGUGGUCGCCAACCGUUGUCGCCUCCUGCUCUGUUGGAUCAUGCUGCGCCCCGGUCUCUCCCCAGUUCAGGGCUUGGGAUUCGUUCUGCUCUGCCUGGUUCUCGGAGCCAGCCAGUCAUAUGCAUUUGAACUUGAUUUGAAGGAUUCAAAAAAUGCCACUUGCCUUUAUGCAAAAUGGCAGAUGAAUUUCAACAUAAGCUACGAAACUAUCAACAAAACUACUAAAUCCGUUACUCCAGGUUUUAGCAAUGUGACAUAUAAGGGAAGCUCUUGUGGGGAUGACGAGAAUGGUCCCAAAAUAGCAGUGCAGUUUGGGUCCGCUUUUUCCUGGUCUGUGAAUUUCACCAAGAAAGCAUCUCACUAUUUGAUCGACAGCAUUUCAUUUUCCUACAACACUAGUGAUAACACAGUAUUUUCUGGCGCUAAAGACAAAGGAAUUAUUAAUGUUAGUGACUCUGUGAAAAUUGAAAUUCCUUUGAAUUCCAUGUUUAAAUGCAAUAGUUUAUUAACGUUGAAGAUGAAUGAUGUUGUGCAGAACUACUGGGGAGUUGUUGUGCAAGCUUUUGUUGAAAAUGGCACAGUGAGCAAAAAAGAGUUUCUGUGCGAUGAAGACAAGCCUUCUACUACAGUGACACCUGUCACCCACACCACCGUGCCAUCUUCUACUACAACUCCCACUCCAAAGGAAAAACCAGGGGUUGGAACCUAUUUGGUUCGUAAUAGCAACGGUACUUGUCUUCUGGCUACCAUGGGGCUGCAGCUGAACAUCACUCAGGACAAGGUUACUUCGGUUAUUAAUGUCAAUCCCAACUUAACUGACUCCACUGGCAGCUGCUCUCCUCAAACUUCUCAACUUAGGCUGAAUGGCAGCACCAUUAAGUAUCUUGACUUUGUCUUUGCUGUGAAAAAUGAAAAUCGCUUCUAUCUGAAGGAAGUGAAUGUCAGCUUGUUGGUUAAUGACUCUGUUUUCAGCAUUUCAAACACCAAUCUUAGCUACUGGGAUGCCCCGCUGGGAAGUUCUUACAUGUGCAACAAAGAGCAGACUAUCUCAGUGUCUGAAGCAUUUCAGAUAAAUACCUUUGAUCUAAGGGUUCAACCUUUCAGUGUGAUAGAAGGAAAGUAUUCUACAGCCCAGGAGUGUCCGCUGGAUGAUGACACCAUUCUAAUACCAAUUAUAGUUGGUGCUGGUCUUUCAGGCUUGAUUAUCGUUAUAGUGAUUGCUUACCUAAUUGGCAGAAGAAAAAGUUAUGCUGGAUAUCAGACUCUGUAACACAAAUCCACAUGAUGAUCUCUGUUACAAAAUAAUAAAGCAAGUACAAGUUCCAACAUACAAUACUGUUUAAUGUAUAUUUUAGUUGUAGUUUUUGUCUCAGAAUGGGUGGUAUGGAGGACUUUGAACUUCAACAAAAAAAUCCCCUAAAAAUAUGAACUGAAAAUUUGUCAUGUAAUUUUGAUUUACCCAGCCAAGGAAUCUUAAGCUGUUAUUUUUAUAGCAAAAAGCAUAUUGCACAUAUGACCUGGAUUGUAGGUCCUAUUUUACCAUUUAGAAUUGGUAUCACAGUGUUUUCACUUUAUAUUUUCUGACUGGAAAAUACAGUUAAAAAAUCGAUUUUUAAAAAGAGUUUUUCCCACUGCAUGUAGUUGAAUUGGGGAACACAUUCUAUAGUGGAUUUGUACUUGCUCUUCUUGGAUUAUUUUGUGAUUUUCCUUGCAGAUUAAUUCAGCUACUUUGGCACUGCUGCAUAUUUGACCUAUGAGAGAUACAGCUAGUAGAUUUGAACAGGGCCUAGUAUUAUGUUCUUAGCAAUGAAUGCUUUUCUAAUGCUUUUUGAAUAUACUUUUAUUUAAUGUCGCUGUAAUGACAAAAGAUAUCAAGGCUUUAAAAUUUUUAGAAUAGAUGUUAAUGUUUAAUCCUUUAAAAAACUGGAUAUUUCAUUAUUUUAAAUUGCAACACACAAGACUGUUCCAACUGGGCAUUUUAAUCAAUCUUUAGGUGCUUGACGAUAAUUGCUAGGCAGUGCCAAUUGAGGGCAUUAGUCUUUUGUACCUGUAAAUUGGCUUCUAUAUGCAGUACUAAAAUUAAUGCAGUUUUCUCUUAAGUAUUCCAGUAUUUCUUGCUGGUGGUAAAUGCAUUUUUCCUUUUUUCUUGAUGAAGAAAUACCAGUAUGUCCCAGAACCUAGAUAAAAAAAAGUGCCCUUACACUUACAAAAUAACUUGCUCUAACUCAAGCCUUGGUCUUCCCAUAGUUCAUUAAAAAGUUGUUCUAUGUUUUACUUUGCAUUGAUUGCCAUAACAUUUACUAAUUUGGCUUUUACAUUUGAAUGGUUAUGUGCUAAUCAAAGCUUACAUUAUUAUUGUUUAUUAUGAUAGAGUCAUUGUUAAUUCAUGUACUCUUUAUAUUCAGUCUUAUGCUGUGAGAUGCACCAAUUGUUCAUUCACCAUGCAGUAAAUAAUGUUUAUAUGAGAAAGCGAAGUAUUUCAGCUUAUUAGUUAACAUAGCUAGUAUUUCUUAAAGCUUCUAGGAGAUGCUGUUGGAAUGGCUGAACAUAUAUUUAAAGAUUGGUAAUAUGCAGCCAAAUGGAAGGUUCCUAUGUUUUUUUGGGGAAAUUAUUAUAUGCCUUAUAUUCAGUAGAAAAUGAGGGAAUAUGUGGGUUCUAAAAUACAGAUGUUGAAUGCAUCAAUACAAACACACAUACUCAUGGAUAUAUAGGUAAUUGCAUGGCAGCAUGUGUAUGUCUAUAACUGUCUUUUGAUUCAUACUGGUAUGAUAAAUAUUUUUCUUUCACUUAAAUUAGUUUUCUCUUUAGCUUUGAAACAUUACUGGUUCAGAAUCAGAUUCUUGUCUAACCCUUCUGUUAGAGCUACAUUGAGCUGCAUUUCCAGUUUAAUACAUUUCUUAAUGACUAAAUAUAAAUCUGAUUUUUUAAAAAGCUUUUUAUUUAAAUUGUGUUUCAAUGUAACU